AGAGGAGGAGGAGCAGCAGGAGCAGGAGGAGGAGGAGGAGGUGUCUGAUCCUCUACAACAGCCUGUUUGUUCGUUUCCGCGGAUGUGGAGCCGAGUCCAAAUGGCGGACAGCGUUUUUACCUCAGGUGCCAGGUUUCACACAGAGCUGCCAUUGAUUUGACCAACAGCAGUGUCUCAGUCCAGUCCCAAGACGAACAGAGAAACUGAGGAAUAUGGAAACUACACAUCACUGUGACUGACUCAUGUUGUGAAGCUCCUCUGUGAAUGUUUAGAGCCACAGCCUGUGGUGUAACUGGGCCUGAAGUUUUGGAUGCAGUUUGUGUGUUGGCUGCUGUGCCUUGGCCUGGCAAAGGCACUGGCUGCGAUACCCAAAGACCAGGUGGCCAAGCAUGUCUUUAAGCUGUAUCAGGCCAACGGGGCCCCCCACGGCCAGAGCUGGGUGGCCACCAACUGUAAACGUCUGGUUGGGCUCCUGCACCAGAAGAGCGUGGCGGUGAAAAAGCUUUCUGCCGCAGCAAAAGCUGUAGAGCGAGAUCAGACUCUCUCAGAGGAAGAAAGACAUUUCAGGGUUCAUACACUAGAAGUUUUCCAGAAGGAGCUCAAUGAAAGUGAACACCUUGUGUACCAGGCAGUGCACAGCCUGCAGAGGGCGCUGCAGGGCGACUACAAAGAUGUGGUCAAUAUGAAGGAGAGCAGUAGACAGAGGCUGGAGGCCCUCAGAGAGGCAGCUAUAAAGGAGGAGCAGGAGUAUGUGGAGCUUGUGGCAGCUGAGAAGCACCAACAGGAAGCUCUGAAAAGUGCUUUGGCCCAAAACAAAACUCUGUCCAUUUUAGACGAGAUCCUGGAAGAUGUGAGAAAAGCAGCCGACCGACUCGAGGAAGAGAUUGAAGAACAUGCGUUUGAUAACAACAAACAGGUCGUAGGAGUGAACGUUGAGGCUGUGCUGAGGGUGGAGGAGGAUGAGGAAAAUGGAGGAAAGAGAAAAAACAAAUCAAAGAAAAGAGAGGUGGAGGAUGAUCUGGGUCUGAGCAUGCUCAUCGACUCUCAGAACAACCAGUACGUCCUCACCAAACCACGGGACUCCACCAUGCCCCGGGCCGACCACCACUUCAUUAAGGACCUGGUUUCUAUCGUGAUGCUGUCUUUGCCUUGUGGCUGGGUCUGCACUUUGCUCAGUCUCCCUCCGAUGUUUGGAUAUAUUAUCUGUGGGGUUCUGCUCGGUCCUUCGUGCCUCAAUAGUAUCAAGUCCAUGGUCCAAGUGGAGACUUUGGGAGAGCUCGGUGUGUUUUUCACUCUUUUUGUCGUGGGACUGGAGUUCUCCCCAGAGCGACUUCGGAAGGUGUGGAAGACGUCCGUGCAGGGCUCGUGUUACCUGAGUCUGCUGAUGGUCGGCUCUGGUUUGUUGUGGGGGCAGGUCCUGAAGAUUCGGACGACUCAGACCGUCUUCAUCUCCACCUGUUUGUCCCUCUCCAGCACCCCUCUAGUGUCCCGCUUUCUAGGAGGAGCCAGAGGAGACAAAGAAGGUGACUCAGACUACAGCAGCGUUCUUCUGGGGAUGUUGGUGAUGCAGGACGUUCAGCUCGGCCUCUUCAUCGCCGUCAUGCCCACGUUCAUCCAGGCCCAGAGCGGAGACUUGGACAGUCUGCUGCUCGGGGGGCUGCGCGUGCUCUUCCUCCUGGCUCAGGUCGUGGCGUCUUUGGCGGCCGUGUUAUUGUUGUGUUUGCUUUUCAAAUCCUCCGUCAUUGGACCAUUUUACAAGAAACUGCACCAUGAGAGCAAAGGAAACAAAGAGAUCCUGGUGCUGGGGACGGCGGCCUUCGUCUUCUUCAUGUUAACAGUGACUGAGUUCCUGAGCAUUUCCAUGGAGCUGGGCUGUUUUUUGGCCGGAGCUCUGCUGUCGACUCAGGGUCACAUGGUCACGGCCGAGGUCAUGAGCUGCAUCGAACCAAUCAGAGACUUCCUCGCCAUCAUCUUCUUUGCUUCCAUUGGUCUUCACGUGUUCCCCACGUUCGUUCUGUAUGAGUUGACUAUUCUGCUGGUGCUCACUCUGUCCCUGGUCAUUAUGAAGUUUGUCAUGGCGGUUGCUGUGCUGUCGGCCAUCUUGCCUCCCUCCUCUCGUCACAUCCGGUGGAUAGUUUCGGCCGGUUUGGCUCAGGUCAGCGAGUUUUCCUUUGUUUUGGGAAGUCGCGCCCGACGAGCAGGAAUCAUCUCCAGAGAGAUCUACCUGCUCGUCCUGAGCGUCACGACUCUCAGUCAGCUGUUGGCGCCCGUCCUCUGGAGAGUGUCCACUCACGUCUGGGUCACCCGGGCCGAGCGCAGGACUCUCACGUGACAAACACGGAUCCUCCACACAUGGUACAAACACGGAUCCUCCACACAUGGGACAAACACGGAUCCUCCACACAUGGGACAAACACGACAAACACGGAUCCUCCACACAUGGGACAAACACGGAUCCUCCACACAUGGUACAAACACGGAUCCUCCACACAUGGUACAAACACGGAUCCUCCACACAUGGGACAAACACGGAUCCUCCACACAUGGGACAAACACGGAUCCUCCACACAUGGUACAAACACGGAUCCUCCACACAUGGGACAAACACGACAAACACGGAUCCUCCACACAUGGGACAAACACGGAUCCUCCACACAUGGUACAAACACGGAUCCUCCACACAUGGUACAAACACAUGGGACUGUUCUGUAUCUGAGAAAAACUUGACUGUGUGUGAAAAUGGACCAUGUUUAAUCUUUUGUGCCUCAAACAGACACUGCAUUGCCUUGUUUAUUUAUAUAUUUGUAUUUAAUAUUUAGAGCAGUCGAAGCACAAGAGAUGGUGUUUUUUAUGUUUAAAGGGCCUGUACGUGACUUUGAACCUUGUGUUUUCUCUCGCUCUGAUUUGACGUCAUCACUGACUGUUACUUAAAAAAACUAGUUUAUUUCUCACUGUUACUUUGUUUUGGUUCAUUUCUCAACCAACAAAAAACAGCUUUGUAUUGGUAAUUUGAUUCAGUUUUUGUCAAAUAGCUGCUUUUUAAAAGUGUUUGACAUAAAGGACGUUUUCUUGAAGCAGAAGGCGUAAAAGUCCAGUACUGGCUCUUUAAGUUCUGUUUCUCUGGGUUGUAUUUAUUUUGUUUUGGACCAAAUCGUUGGGUACUGACUGUUUCUCCUUUUCUUGGCACUUUGCACAUUGUAAGAGCAGUAGUAUUGUCUCGUAUUGUCUCGUGUUUAUAGCGACGCAGAUUUUAGGGAAACUAAGACGAAUGAUAAUGUGAUAAAUGAUCGACUGCAGUUUGCUACAAUCACUUACAAAGAUGUCUGAUUUUUCAUUUUAUGCAAUCUACAGAAGUUUAUUAAGAGAAUCGUCUGUGUAAUGGACGUCCCGCUGAUGUUGUUUCCUGUUUGUCGUGCAGUUCCUGUUGUUGUUUGUUCUGUGUCGUGUCCAGUGUCUCUGUCUCUGCUGUCGUCAAACACUGGACUCUACUCUGAUGAUUGUAACGGCGCGGAAACAAUUCAAAAUGUUUGUUAAAUGUAAAACAGAAUCAUAUUUUUAUUAAAACCACAGAAUGUUUUUUUAUACCA